GUCUGUGUGUCUGCGCUGGCUGGCUGUCGUCGUGUCGUUCACUCUUCUUCUUCCAUUGCCAUUUCCCUCUCACUCUCCUCUUCUUCUUUCCUGCGUGCCAGCUCAUCCUCCGCCUCGUGCUGUGCCAACUUGCCAGCCUCCAAACCCUGCAUGCACACACAGAUACACGCAGCCAUCCAUCCCAUCCAUCCAUCCAUCCCAACGAACGAUCUUAGAUAGUUCGUUCACUGACCUCAGUGUGUGGUCUCUGGCACAUCUCUCUCUUGUGUCUCAGCUCAGCCACCUUUGCUUUGGUCUCUGCAGUCUUGGCGGCAAUGGACUCCACAGACUCACCAACCUGCAUCCACCCAUCCACCCAUCGCACACAAACAUCCGAGUGUGUGUCGGUAUGUGUCGCGUGUCUUGCCUUCUUGGGACAUGGUGCAGGCAUGGCUGCUGUCGUGGCAGCUCCCUCCUCGGCCGCCUUGGCAAGCUGAGUGGACACAAGAGACAGGGAGAGACAUGUGGAUGAGUGCCAUGUCUCAGUGUGUUGUCGUCUGUGUGUGUGUCGUGUUGGCUGACUGCUUCCUCCUCGGCUUUGACGUCCUCUGUCAUCGACUUCUUGUCGGCGAUGGCGGCUCUGACCUGCUGCACGUCCCUUGCGGCUGCCGACUGUAGCGAGGCCUCCGUGCCAGACAACUUCGCCGCCAUCUCGGAUGUCUGCACACAAUCGUGACAGAGAGUGAUGAGUGUGGUGUGUGUCUCCGUCCGUCCGUCUGUCCGUCCGUCCGUGUGUGUCACAGUACCUGUGCGUCGAGUUUGGCUGUGUCGCUUGGCGGUGCCUUUGCGGCUCUUACGGCCUGGCCCGCCUGCUCCUUGGCCGUGUCGAGAGCAUGCUGACAUCCACACAGAGUCAUUCAGUCGUCACACUCAUUCAGUGUGUGUGUGUGCGUGUGUGUGUGUGUGUGUGUGUCAUGCAUCUACCUUCUGUCGCUCGAGUCUCCUCCCACGGAUCUCCUCUACGCUUUUGAGUGUAUCGGCCUUCCUCUCUGCCUUGACCACCUCUUUCUCGCUCUCGGUCUUGCCCGCCUGGCUGCGGCCCUCUGCGACUCCCUCGCGAUAGACGUCGACUGCGUCACGCACGACGCUCGGAGGCGCACGGCGGCUGUACAUGUGGCGGAUGGCGUGACGGUUGCUCAGCGAGUCCACACUGACGGCGAAGAGGAGAGACACCAGCAGGACAGCCUUGAGCAUCAU